CUCUGAAUUUAAGUCACAAGCCGGAUUUCUCUUCAUUCGGUUCUUGACUCUUUCUCUUGCAUUGUUUUUGUCUUUCACUCGACUCUCCACUCUACGGUUAUUCAUUCAUUUCCCUUCCCUGUCGACACGUACUAUAACCACAUCGCUCAUUCUUUUUUUCCUUCCUACUAUAGUAUAAUACUAUCCUCGAACUAGAAAAGAAAGGUUGAAGAGCUUAAGCCAAACCGAAACAACCUACAUAUAGACGAACGAAAAUGGUCCUCAUUACGCGCAGCAUCUCUCUCACCAACUUCCUCGUCGCAUCCUCCGCUCUCGCCUUCCAGGUCUUCGUCCUCUAUCCCUGGCACAAGCAGCUCGACGAGAGCUUCGAGGAUCUGAAGAAGGAGCAUCUACGGGUCCUGCAGGUUUUGGAUCGGGUCGAGCAUGGCAAGGCUGGCAGUAGCAGUGGGAAUGUCACUGGGGAGAGUAUUCGGGAGCAGAUUGAGAUGAAGAGACAGGGUCUUUGAGGACUUUGAUCUGGGUAGGUGUCAUUGGGAGUGGAGGUUAGUUUCUUGGGUAGAGGAUAUCGACUGUAUAGUCUCAGACUCUUAUAGAGGAUAGAUUCAUGAAUGUCAUUUUGCUCGGAGUGUAUUCAGCUUUUGGUGUGGUUUAUCCUCGGUACAUUGUAUUCAUGGUAUUCAUGGAUUGUCAAGGAAAUUUGCGUAGACGUUUGUUUCUUGCCGGGGAUUCCCCCAUACUUGUUUGAUGUUGACGGUUUUUCGGCUCCGACUGUACCGAGUCGGGUCCGACUCUGGGCCGAGUUAUCUCCUUUCUUGGUUUUAUCUACUGUGGAUUGUCUGGAUGUCAUGCUUGGACACGAUCUGGGGAACGUUUAGAUACGUAGAAAUAACAUUU